UCAUGUGCUAACGUGGGUCGGCUACGCUGUGCCUUUUCCUUUACGAAAAUUAUUUAGGAUCGGCAGCCAAAAAUAGCGACACCAUGAAGAUCUCCUGCAGUAAAUCUAACCCGCCUUUAGGUGGUUUGCUCGCUGUAGAGCUGUACCGGGCUGCCGGGAAGAGCAUCGAGGUGUCAUGGGGAGCUGACUCCUCUGUUACCCUGCCUAAUGGGUCUAAAACCGUGCCAUAUGGAACUAGUAAUGAUUUGAUAAGAAUACUGGAGAAUGCUUUCAAUAAAGCUGCCGGACCACUCCAAAAGGUCACAAUGAACCACUGGCUGUCGUUCAGCCUCAUCUUGGACGACGAGAUCCCGAAAUCAAUUGAAUAUCUGGAUAAAACGUUGGGUGCAUUGACAUAUCUAGUAGGAGAGGCCUUAUCAGUCAGUGAUUUGGCUGUGUUUAGUGUGCUUCACGUAUCCAGCAAGUUUAAGGAGAUCUCCAAAUCCGGUGCCCCGGCUAACAUUCUGCGCUGGAUGAAGCUGAUCCAGGCCCAGUCACCCAUGGCUAAAGCCCUGAAAGAACUGCCUGCCGAUGCCCUGGAGAAUCUGACCAAGGCUUCUUCUAGGAGGUCACCACCAGCUGGCGAUGGCUCGGGUCCCAAGCAAGAGGGCAAGUUUGUGGACCUGCCCCACGCCGAGAUGGGGAAGGUCGUCGUUCGAUUCCCACCUGAAGCAUCGGGCUACCUGCACAUUGGGCACGCGAAGGCCGCGCUGCUUAACCAGUACUACCAGCAAGCGUUCGAGGGGAAACUUGUCAUGAGAUUUGAUGACACCAACCCUGCUAAGGAGAACGUCGAAUUUGAGAAGGUGAUCCUCGAAGACGUAGAGAUGCUAGAAAUCAAACCGGACCUCUUCACUCACACGUCCCAGUACUUCGACCUGAUGCUGCAAUACUGCGAGAAACUUAUCAAGGAAGGCAAGGCUUUCGUGGAUGACACCCCGGCUGAGCAGAUGAAAAACCAAAGAGAACAGAAGGUUGACAGCAAGAAUAGAAACAACUCUGUGCAAAAGAACAUGCAACUCUGGGAUGAAAUGAAGAAGGGAUCUUCCACCGGAGUCCAGUGCUGCGUCAGAGCUAAGAUCGAUAUGCAAUCAGCGAACGGGUGCAUGCGAGACCCGACCAUCUACCGCUGCAAGCCUGAGCCACACCCCCGGACCGGCACGCAGUACAAGGUGUACCCAACAUACGACUUCGCGUGCCCCAUUGUGGACGCCGUAGAGGGCGUCACACACGUGCUACGCACGAUGGAGUACCACGACCGCGACCCGCAGUUCUACUGGUUCAUCGACGCUCUGGGGUUGAGGAAACCGUAUAUUUGGGAAUAUAGUCGAUUGAGUAUGACCAACACGGUGUUGUCUAAGAGAAAGCUGACGUGGUUCGUAGAACAAGGACUCGUCGAUGGAUGGGACGACCCGCGCAUGCCGACGGUGCGCGGGGUGCUCCGCCGCGGUAUGACCGUUGAGGGGCUGCGCCAGUUCAUCAAGGCGCAGGGCUCCAGCCGCUCCGUCGUGUUCAUGGAGUGGGACAAGAUCUGGGCCAUCAACAAGAAGGUCAUUGACCCCAUCGCCCCGCGCUACACCGCCCUGGAAGCCAACCCGGUACCCGUGAACCUAAAGGGCGUAAGCGCCGACGCCACCCUCACCGUGCCGCUGCACCCUAAGAACGCGGACAUAGGGUCCAAAGUCGUGUGGAUCUCGCGGCGGCUGCUGAUCGACCAGGUCGACGCGAGGACGUUAAAAGAGGGCGAGAAUGCAACGUUCAUUAAUUACGGGAAUGUUAUGAUUGAUAAGAUUCACAAAUCUUCCGACGGUACAGUGACAAGCAUCGACGCGACACCAAACCUCGAUAACAAGGACUACAAAAAAACCCUCAAACUGACCUGGCUGGCCGACACACCACAGUCUCCCCCCCUCGAAGUAUACUGCGUGUACUUCGACCAUAUCAUAUCCAAGGCUGUGCUUGGAAAGGACGAGGAUUUCAAGCAGUAUAUCGGGCAUCAGACUAGGUGGGAAGUACCCAUGAUCGGUGAGCCUGAGCUCUCCAAGCUGAAGGUGGGUGACGUCAUACAGCUGCAGAGGCGCGGCUUCUUCCGCGUGGACGCCGCGCCGGCGCCGCCCUCCGCGCACACGCAGCGCGCCGCGCCGCUCGUGCUGAUGCACGUGCCCGACGGACACACCAAGAUGCCCGGACAGGUGAGUUGUAUUAGUCCCCAUGACAGCGAGCCUGAGCUCUCCAAGCUGAAGGUGGGUGACGUCAUACAGCUGCAGAGGCGCGGCUUCUUCCGCGUGGACGCCGCGCCGGCGCCGCCCUCCGCGCACACGCAGCGCGCCGCGCCGCUCGUGCUGAUGCACGUGCCCGACGGACACACCAAGAUGCCCGGACAGGUGAGUUCUAUUAGUCCCCAUGACAGCGAGCCUGAGCUCUCCAAGCUGAAGGUGGGUGACGUCAUACAGCUGCAGAGGCGCGGCUUCUUCCGCGUGGACGCCGCGCCGGCGCCGCCCUCCGCGCACACGCAGCGCGCCGCGCCGCUCGUGCUGAUGCACGUGCCCGACGGACACACCAAGAUCUGCAGAGGCGCGGCUUCUUCCGCGUGGACGCCGCGCCGGCGCCGCCCUCCGCGCACACGCAGCGCGCCGCGCCGCUCGUGCUGA